ACCGCAGUACAACGCAGUACGACGACGGAGCAGGCAACACUACAUGACUACAACCCACGCAAAAAGCACACAAAAAUAAAAUUCUGUGUCUCGGCAACGCUUUUGGGGCAUUGCCAACUUAUCCUCCGUCGCAGCAGCAGUACGAACGGGUUUCGAUUCGGGAUUGUGACCAGAACAGAACAAAACAUAUAAAAAAAAACACCAUAACACACUCGUAAAAGUGAAAAGGAUUCCAAUAAAGUGUUAUCGUACUUGAAAUUUGCAUACUUCGUUCGGAAAGCAGCGUUCGGAACACCAAACAAAACAAUAUGAGGCAUCUCUGGCUGCUGGCUCUUAUCUCAUUUGGAUCUUCCCGGUUUCCAGGUGUGCUGACCUUGCCCGAGGCACACCCAGGCAAACCAUCAGUCGCCACAACCGCAGCUGUAGGCGGAAAUGGAGGAGGAACUGGCGGAGGCGGUGAGGCGAGCACCGACUACAGUGAGUACGACGAGGAGGAAACGCAGCGGACGCCUGGUAACCUGGCCAAGUCCACAGCAGGUCCGAAGCUGGCGCUUCCCUACUUCGACCAGCCGGAAGUGGACGUGUAUGUGGGUGCCAAUGACAGCAGUGUAAAGGUGAAUUGCCCCGUCAAGAACUACAAUGCCCAACACCAUGUUAUACUCUGGUACAAAGAUGAAAAAGCCAUCAGCAAUGGCAACACCCUAAUCGGCAGCGUCUACGGCCUAGACACCAACUUCACAUUGACCGUGCCCGUGGCGGCCAAUGCCACGGAUGGGCAGAGAUUCUCCUGCCGUGUGAUGCCCCCCGAUGUACGUCGCGAGGUGACCAUCCAUCUUGGACCGGAGCCAAGCACCCCGUCUCCUGCUGCGGCCACCACACAACCCGCUUCCGCCGCAGACUCGGCGCCGGCUGUUCAGGACUGUGGCCUCUGGCUUGUGCUGCUCUUGGCCGCCCUCCAGUUGGCGGUUCGGUUCUGAAUCUGAAUCGGGCCAAGUUCAGUUAACGUAAUUCUACCACCGGCACUGAACCUCCCAGACCGGGGAUAAUGUUUGGAGAUGCGCACCACCCAAAAACGAGCUUGUCACUUAGAUACAGUAUGUCAAGAAAGUAUUUUCCCAUUAUCUUGUUUGGUUUUUCCCAAUCUUAUCUUUAUUUUCUUAACCAGAUGCGUGAUAUUAAGAUGUUUUUAAUCCAAUUCCUUGUAAAAACGCUCUCUUGACACACUGUAUGUUUGUCGGUAUAUAUUAUUAGAGAAGAGUACGAUCGGAAGGAAUCAAUUGCUUGGCCAAUUAUGUAAGGUGUUGCUUUCUUAUUGUAUUAUAGAAUAUACUCGAUUUAUGUAUGUAAUUAGAUCUUGGGGAAGCAAAUCUUCCUGGGAUUACUGAUCUGAGUUAUACUUCCAAUGUUUGCUUCCUCCUCUUCCAGCCUAGAUCUGAUUAUACUAUCUAGAGCAUCAGGAAUACUUACUAUUAUAUCGCCUUUAGAUCUAUCUGUACGUGUAGAUUCCUCGAAGUCGAAUUCUUGUUUGAUUUGUAACUAAAUAAGUUUUAUUUUAGCUGAAAAGCCAAUUAGGUAUCGAAAAUUGAACUCUUAGAAUGCUAUUAACCGUAUAGGAUCGAAUUACUUAUAGAAUGCUGGCUUUAGACGUGUGCUUAAUGAAUCUUAUUAUAUUAUUAGUGUAUAAUUGUAUUGAAC